AUGGCGAUACACACCAAUCACGCGUUUUUGACACGGCGAGCAAGGAGACCUCACCAGGAGGAGACCAGCGGGGAGGAGGGUGAGAUAGACGAGCAGGCAGAGGCAGAGGCAGCGGCUUCAGUGGAGGAGAUCGAAGAACAAAUAUCUCCUGGUCAUCCUACUGGCUCUUCGGUGAAAGACUAUGCAGUUGAUAACUCGGGGAGGGAAGGUGUGAGGCAAUCUGGCUCGUCUCGUAGUAGAGGAAGGGGUGCGAAGAGGACUAUUAUUAACACAAGGAGUUUGUUAUAG